CGGCGACUUCGCGGCGACCAAGGACGACCGGGAAGAGGAACGGCCGGGAUGGCGCGUCCGCGGCCCCGCGAGUACAAAGCGGGUGACCUGGUCUUCGCCAAGAUGAAGGGCUACCCGCACUGGCCGGCUCGGAUUGAUGAACUCCCAGAAGGAGCUGUGAAGCCUCCAGCAAACAAAUAUCCUAUCUUCUUUUUUGGCACCCAUGAAACUGCAUUUCUAGGUCCUAAAGACCUUUUUCCAUAUAAGGAAUACAAAGACAAGUUUGGAAAGUCAAACAAACGGAAAGGAUUUAAUGAAGGAUUGUGGGAAAGAGAAAAUAACCCAGGAGUAAAGUUUACGGGAUACCAGGCAAUUCAGCAACAGAGCUCUUCAGAAACUGAGGGAGAAGGUGGAAAUACUGCAGAUGCAAGCAGCGAGGAAGAAGGUGAUAGAGUAGAAGAAGAUGGAAAAGGCAAAAGAAAGAAUGAAAAAGCAGGCUCAAAACGGAAAAAGUCAUACACUUCAAAGAAAUCCUCUAAACAGUCCCGGAAAUCUCCAGGAGAUGAAGAUGACAAAGACUGCAAAGAAGAGGAAAACAAAAGUAGCUCUGAGGGUGGAGAUGCCGGCAAUGACACAAGAAACACAACUUCAGACCUGCAGAAAACCAGUGAAGGGACCUAACUACCAUAAUGAAUGCUGCAUAUUAAGAGAAACCACAAGAAGGUUAUAUGUUUGGUUGUCUAAUAUUCUUGGAUUUGAUAUGAACCAACACAUAGUCCUUGUUGUCAUUGACAGAACCCCCAUUUGUAUGUACAUUACUCACAUUCCUCUCUGUUGUGUUUGGGGGAAAAAAAACAUUUUAGCCUUUUUUAAAGUUAUUGAUUUAAUUUCAUGUUAUUUGGUUGCAUGAAGUUGCCCUUAACCACUAAGGAUUAUCAAGAUUUUUUCACAGACUUAUACAUGUCUAAGGUCCUUUUAUUAAGGCAGUUAUGAUCAUCAUUUUCUUGCCUUUACCCCACCAUCACCAAACACUCAGUUAAAUAUAAAUUAGCAUCUUUUUAGAUGACCACUCAACAUAAUACUUAAGGAUGGAAUUUCCUCUCUGUGACAGAACCCAGGAACUAAUUCCUAGAUACAUAAUGUUGGUAUAUUGAAGGUGAAAUUAAAAUUGUCCUUCAGUUUUGAGGCCAUGUGUAAAGUUUAACCAUACUGUAAAAUAUCUCUUCUGUAUUAGAAAUAGCUAGUUAACAACUUAAACUUCUCAAAAUUCAUAUUGUUAUGUAUACAAACUGAGUUUCUACAUGUGAAGUUAGUCAGUCUUUUUGUGUUACUCCAAAAUAAAAGCAAUGACUUAUUUUUUCCCAAUGCCAAUACAAUUUGAGCUAAUCACUCAAGGUGGGUACUUUACAUUUUAAAUCUGGAAUCAGCAGCAGCCCUAUGGGAAACCAGACAAAACAUCAACUUUUAAAUAUAGACUUUUAAAAUGAACUCUUUUCUUUUGGAAGUAGAAUUAGAAUAGUUAAUCUUCAUCCACAGACCAUUAUUAUGUGUACAUUAUUGUUGCUAUUGUGAUAAUAGAGAAUUUUAUUUAUUUUUAUGCCAGCUUAUAUUGUGAGAAUACAUUUAGUCAGUUUGGGUUUUAUCAAUCCUGUUAUGCUUGUCCUUGGAACAUCUUUCAUGUAUUCAAGGUUUGUAGUUGAAAAGUUUACUGUAAAAAAAAAAAAAAUCAAAAACAAAAAAAUGUAUUGUUUUUACAGAAUAAAUUUAUUGGAAUGUGUA